AUGGCCCUGGCACAGAAAGUGCAUCAUCGUCUGCCCGACGAGAUCUCCCCAGCAAAACACUGGCACAUUUCAUCGGCACGUCUUUUCAUUAACAAAUCCAAUACGACCACGCCCAUCAAAUCUGAAGCACCUUGGAGAAUCACUGGCACGAUUGAGCGAGCAGACAUCUUUGAGCGGUGCGAUGAGGCCUGUCACAACAAGUACAGAAGCGUGACAUCAAUCCAAGGCUCUGUUUGGGUGCGGGGCUCGCUGGCUGCGAAAUAUCCGCGCAGCGGCCACUUGGCCAUCGACUCCAGCAGGCCAGUUCAUCACUGGCCAGCCCUCGCCCGAAGUGCACAGGAACAGAGCGUGCUAAUUGGGGGCCACUGGCGAAUUGCGGGCCCCGUGGCAUGGAACGCCGCACUGCGCAAUUUGCGCCUAGGCCCCGUGGCAGCGCUGCGGCCCUGGCCCUAG